AUGCACCCCGUCGCGCAGCCUGAGGCGGCCGAAACGGCAUUGGACAAUGCGGCCACACCCGCCCGCCCGCGUCGAUCCACACGUGGACCCACCCCGCGACGCCUCCCGUUGCAAAACCCUCGCUGCCUCGCAGCGACGACAACCCUGCUCGCCGCCCUGCUGCACCUCCAGGAGUCCAGGGCUCUGUUUUUGUCGCCCUUGCCCUUGGGGGUGCCUGCCUCCAUCAUCCCGUCUGUUGCCGCCGCCGCGCCCGUCCCCUAUGCAGAACCCUGGAUCACUGGCUCCCUGGCUCCCUGGGCAGAGGGCGGCCAGAGGGCACGCUGCGGUGGUUGCUGA